UAUCUGAAUGAAUCUCAGGAUUCUAUACCAGAACGAAAAAAGGGCAAGCUCUAUUCAUCUCUUAUCCACUUCGCGAUUCUUUAAAGUCUUCAUUUUUUCUAAAAAGAACAGACCUUUCAUUUAGUAUCCAGUUCUUGUUUGUCGUUGUUGCGUUCAAAGUAAGCUUGGAUUUUCUCUCACAAUCGAAUCUUUGUUUCGUAAGUUUGACUCAGUGGUAACUGUAACAUAUUCGGAGCAACUGAGGAAUAAAGUUUACCUUUUGGCUUGUUUUCGGAACUGGGUUUGGUUUAAACUUGACGAUCAUCACUAAAUUCAUGGUGGUGGACUGGAUUUCAUGUGAUAUUUAGCUAACUAAAAAGGUUUGAUCUGUUAAGAACCCAAAUUAUGUACUUUGGUGUGAAGGGUUAGGAGAAUGUUUGUUACAGCCGGUGGGAUUGUGAAAUGGGGUACGCCAUGAGUAGGCUGGAUAUAGAAUCUGAUUUGUUUGAUGGUGGUAAUGCCAUUACCGAAUCCGGUAGCAGUAAUAAGCCCGACGAACCAUUGCGUAAAGUAGACGACGAGAUUGCGCAGCUUACGAACCUCAGUUCAGGGCCUCCUGAUGGACUGUGUCGAUUCAUGCCUGGAAAGCAGCAAUUACCUGUUUCACCGGUGAGGAUGUUGGCAGGUCGAGAAGGUAAUUUUUCUGGACGAGGUAGAUUCUCGUCGGCAGAUCGUUGCCACAUGCUUAGCAGGUAUUUGCCAGUACAUGGUCCUUGGCUUGUGGACCAAACGACCAGCCGGGCCUAUGUUUCUCAAUUUUCAGCCGAUGGUUCUCUGUUUGUUGCUGGAUUUCAGGGAAGCAAUAUUCGAAUAUACGAUGCAGAUAGAGGUUGGAAAGUUCAGAAGAACAUUAUUGCUAAAAGUUUGCGUUGGACAGUAACUGAUACAUCCCUUUCUCAUCAGCGCCAUCUCGUUUAUACCAGCAUGUCACCUAUAGUUCAUAUUGUUAAUGUCGGGUCUGCUACCACCGAAUCCCAUGCAAAUGUCACGGAGAUCCAUGAAGGAUUGGACUUCAUUUCUGAUGACUAUAGAGGAUAUUCUUUCGGAAUAUUCUCUGUGAAAUUUUCAAACGAUGGACGAGAACUUGUAGCUGGAAGCAGUGACGACUCCAUAUAUGUUUAUGAUCUUGAAGCAAACAAGCUUUCCCUUCGAAUUGUGGCACACACUGCUGAUGUUAACACGGUAACUUUUGCCGAUGAAAGUGGCAAUUUGAUAUAUUCCGGGAGUGAUGAUAAUCUCUGUAAGGUGUGGGAUAGACGUUGCUUCAUUGCAAAAGAUAAGCCGGCAGGAGUCUUGAUGGGACAUCUAGAAGGUAUUACAUUUGUUGACAGUCGUGGAGAUGGUCGUUAUUUCAUAUCGAACGGUAAAGAUCAGACUAUAAAGCUUUGGGAUAUCAGAAAAAUGUCCUCCAAUACCUCUUGCAAUUUAGAGUUUAGGAAUCAUGAAUGGGAUUACAGAUGGAUGGACUACCCACCACAUGCUAGGGAUUUGAAACACCCCUGUGACCAAUCUGUGGCUACUUAUAAGGGUCACUCGGUCCUUCGUACUCUUAUUCGCUGUUAUUUUUCCCCUGUAUACAGCACGGGACAACGGUACAUUUACACCGGAUCUCACGUCUCAGUUUAUAUUUACGACGUGGUAACCGGAGCUCAAGUUGCAGAACUAAAGCACCAUACGUCUCCGGUAAGAGACUGUAGUUGGCACCCAAGCUACCCUAUGCUGGUCAGCUCUUCUUGGGAUGGGGACGUGGUUAAGUGGGAAUUCCCCGGUAACGGAGAAGCACCAUCCCCUACGAACAACAAGAGAGUUCGGAGCCAAUAUUACUAUUGAAGGUGAUUUGUAGAAUCUGUACUCUAUAAUCAUACUACAUGCACAAUAUCGUUUACCGUAUCUGCCUGUGUUUUAAGUAGCAGCAUACAUGAAUAAAUAAUACAACUAUGUAAGUUUGUUUAUACGGUUCAAUGAAACCCUAUUUUUCGAUAC